AUGUCUACCUUUCAGACGAUCAUAAAGACCUACAGCGAAGCGUUCAACUCGAAAGACCUCGACAAAAUCCUCUCUCUCUUCUCACCCUCAAUCGAGAUGCACUGGAAAUCCCAAAACCUGAACUUCGAUAUCCCAAAAUUCAUUGAAGAGUACCAGUCUCAUUGGGCAGAGCCAUCAUUCAAACCUGUCAUACUCGAACGGUCAGAGGAGAUCGGGGAGCUCGAUGGUCAGGGUAUUCGUGUAACAUGGUUGGAUCCGGGGAGGCAGAAACGAGUUAUCGUCGAUUACCAUUUCGCGAAGAAUGACGGACCGGAGGAAGAUUGGAAGAUGAUCAAGCAUAACGUCGUAGACGUCACCACUAUUGCUGAAACCUGA